GACUUUCGGUGGUGAUGACGAGUUCUCCUUCGUGAACCAGUCGAGCCCACAGGAGCUGGAGACACCUCCGACGAAACCGGUCCAGAAGCUGGAGGUUCCGGCAUGUGCCCAGCGUGCAGCCUUCAAGGAGAAGGUGUUCUCCUUCGGGGCCCAGGAGGAGCCCGGCUUUGUCCACACCUUGGAGACCAAACUCACUGCCGACCUCCAGGCCUCCGCUCCGGUCACGAGGGAGGACCCCUAUGAGAUCCGGAAGCCCAAAGGGCGCUAUGCAGAUGGCCCAACGCCUGUCAAGGAGGGCUCGGCCGCUCGGACCCCCAACACGAAUAUCCGGCUGCCCCGGCUCGGGGAGUUGCCCCGCUGUCCCGUGGUGAGCCGGAAGUCCUUCAAGGCAUCGGACCGCGUGCUUGGCUGCCCCGUGCCCGAGUACGCCGACGUGCUUCGAGUCGUCCAGGCGCAGCUCGUGAUGGGUCCCUGGCCGGUCGAGAUGCCUUGGACUUCGAUGCUUUGCUCAUUGCUGUGCUGGUUCCUUCCAUACCUACUGCUCGUGGCCGCAGUGGUGCCAGCCGCGGUCUUUGCUCUCCACAGAGAGGCCUUCCUUGUGAUCGCUCCCCUUGCCCUGGCCUUGCACGUUCUGCAGGUCGAUCAGGCGGCUGCGGCUGACCUCAGGGACCAGCUGAGGGCACCCCUCGGCUGGGGCGAAGAUGGUCAGCUCUUCUCCGCAAACCUGAGUGCGGCCCUGCAGGCCUUCAACUUGGCCCCCAAUGCUCUGCUUCUUCCGGCCCCAGGCCGCCGGGCGUGGGUGCGCUCGUUGCUGUUCGCCUUGUUUCUUCUGAUGCCUGGGGCGGGACUGCGAAUCUCGUUCCUGGAUCUCGAACCGCCACCACUCUGGAGCGAGGUCGCUUUGGUCGCGCUUUGCUCCCUGAUCUUGGUGGCAGUGCAGUGCCGUCCUUCGCAGGAGCUUCCGCGUUCAGAGCUCGUCGACCAGCGGUUGGAGGCUCUGGAAGCCGGUUUCAACGCGAUGCUCGACACCCUGCGGCCACUGCUUGGCCAAAGCGGCAGGCCCACGUUUGGCAGUCAAGCACAGGCCAAGGUUCCAGGGGGCAUGGACCAGCCCGCUGUGCUCGAGCGUUUCGGUGUGAGGUUGAUCACCGCGGAAAGGUUCACGCUCCGAGGGAGCCUCACAGUUCUGCAGGAGCAGUGCAGCAUUUUGGUCAGCUGCCCGCUGGGGGACUUCGACCUCGUGGCCAAUGGUUUGGAAGGUGCCUUGUCCACAGAUCUGGGCAAGACAGCCGCCGGCGAGGGCGAGUCGAUGGCGCUGUCGCCUCCGGCCAGGGAUGCCUCCGGAUGGGCUGCCGCGCUGGCAGCACGGUUCACGAGCAGAGAGGCACGCCCACGAAGAGACGAUGAUCUUGCGAGCGUGUCGACCGCCAGCACGCUGACGCGAGGUAAAGGCCAGGUUGAUGAGGCCUCCUUGCACCUCGCGCUGGCCAUGGUCGCGGCCCUGAGCCGCUGCGUGCAGCAGCCCCUGGAGGUUUUCAGCGCCGUGGGCUCCCACUCCGCAGUGGUGCCCCCUAAGGUCUCCCAUGACGAGCCUUCCCUGAUCCUUGCCAUGGCAGAGGACCAAUUGAGCUGCCAUCCGCAUCGUUACGGCGCUGUUUCGAAGAGUGUUGGCUGCUGCCGGGAAGCCAGGAGGUCGGUGAUCAAGGAGCGCUUCGGCGUGGUCCGUGAUCCUGGCGAGAUGCGCCAGCUGUGCACAGACGAAGAACUGGUGGGGCAGUCUUUUACUAGUUCUUCUGUGCAGCUCCACGUCGACGAUUCGCCGCGAAGUUCGGCAGCGUCGCAGGGCAGCGGCAGCGAGGAUGAACUGGGCCGCGCAGGUACAAAGUGGCCAUCUUCCUCAAGGUCAAACAGCCGGUACACCAAGAUCUUCUCUGGAGCCCCACGCCAUCUGGCGCUGGUCUUCGACUCCUUUGCGGCCCGGGAUCGCUGUCUGGAGCUGAUCCGACAAGUUCUGCCGCUGCCCACGCCAACUGCCUCGGCCUUGGUUGGGUCUCACGGAGAUUUGGGCGACCACGGUGUUCCAUCCGCACUUUUCCGGUGUGCGGCGCAGGAAGUGUCUCUUCGGGCCGAGCUUUGGGAGGGUGGGUUCCUUCGUUUUAGAGAGGCUUCCUGCUGCGAACCUCUGACACACGACCGUUCGAUGGUCUGUACAGCCUUCGGCUUCUUCUGCGUUCUGGCGAAAAGCAGACACAAGACAGGUCCUGACAAGGUUUCUUUGGCUCUGACAAGCUGCUUGUGGCUGACGUUUGCCAUGGCCUUUGUUCUAUGGCGAGCAGGCCUCGCGGCCAUUCUCGGCGCUUGGGUCACUGCGGCUGAAGACGAGACAUUGCUCGAAGGCGAUGAAAGCGGCCCAGGACCUGAGGAUGAGCCCGUCUAUCCGGCGCAGGUGGAAGCUGGCGGUGCGUAUGUCUCCAACAAGGAGGCUAAGGCAUUCUACUGGAGAUUGCAGAUGAGACCUGUGCGAGAGGGUGAGAUGCAGGCGAUGUUGGGAGCUUCCUUCGAGAACGGCUGGCCGAACCCUUUCGGCAAGUCUGCCGAGGACGUUGCGAGCUGGUUGUGGAAUGACCUGCUGGCCAGCAAUCCCUUCGGCAACUACGGAGUCCUGGUGCCCUGGCCCGAGGAGGACGACGACCAGCUCGGCCACGGUGGCUGGGUGGCCUACUCGCGAAGGCAGGUCUGCUAUAUCACGGCCAAGAGCUUCUUCGGUGGAAAGCUUUGGAACUACGACAGCGGACUCUUCCGGCUCAUGGAGAUGUGCCAAGGCGCCUGCGACUUCCGGGCUUCCUUUGCCACGCUCCUGGCAGCUUGCUCUGCAGACGAGACGCUGGCAGACGGCAAGCAGGGUCCGAUGAUCCUCACGGCAAAGGCCAAUGCCGCACCCGAGGUGUCAGACGUGAGAGCCCUCGCGGAGAAUGUGAUUCUAGAAUCCUCCGGGCUGCGCAUUUGCGACUACGAUGCCGGGGCCGGUGACAUCUCAAAUGCGGAGACGGUUCCUGAGUCCGGGUGCGUUCCGCGCACUGCCAGCAAUCCCGGGGUCGACUUCAUGACGGGAGGCCUGGAAGGUCAGGUUACUCAAGACAUCUCUGCCUCGUGGUUUGGGGGCUAUCUGUUUGAUGCCAAAGCAUGUGGCCUGGGUGGUGGACAAGACGAGCGCCUCUCCGUGUAUUUUCCAGAAGUCACCGUUCUUGCAUACUUCUUGUCGAGGAGCAUGCCUUACCCACAGGUACGACAGCCCGUUUGGUUUUUGGGAGCUCGAAACUUCUUCAAGAACCUGGAUGGCACCGCCCGCUUCGACUCCCCACUGGUUCUUUCCGACAUUCCCGUCGACGAUCGAGAUCUCGAGACGAUCACCCUGGAGGGAGCCUCCUACCAGAUCGACAGGUCGAGGCCAGUCGUGGUCUUCAUGAGCGAGAGCCAGGGCUUCUUCAAGGAAACGAAGCAUAACCUGGCACUGGCGCGGACAAACCGGCUACCGGGGCAGAGAGACAUGAGUACUGGAAAGUUCGCGUUUGAGAAGCAGGUGCGGGCUUGGUACCGCUCCAUGGCACUGGACUCCUACGAUGAGGCCAUUCGGCCCAUCUUCAAGAAGUUGAGCCGCUCGUUGGGUGCUGGCCCAUGGCUGGCCGGGCUUUGGUGGGGCGAUUCGCAGCUCGGCUUUUUGGCAGCUUGGCUCGGGCAGGCUCUUGCAGCUCACACCUGGGGCCAGCCUCUUCCUCUGGACUACUACCUUUAUGCCGACUUCACAGAGAAUCCGGGCAACAUGUGCUACCUCCUUCCUGGAGAGGCCUGUGAGAAGUGCCUGGAGACCUGUCAGAGCCCGGAUCCACCGGCCAGCGCGUAUUGGAUGCCCGACGAGGCGUACUUCAACGGCCGACCCUGCGUUCCAGACAAGUCCAUCUGCGGUCGGGAAGGCUUUGACGAUGUCGUCGGGGCAUUUCUGGGGAGGAGUGUCGCGGAGGCCUGGAGGGAGAUAGAGUACAAGGUGGCGGCUAACCCGGUGUCUGUGAACGUUUUCGAUGCUCUCCUCAGCACACGGCGGCUGCAAAUCGUUUAG